AGGCAAUCUUGGAAGAUGAUCAGCGAUGCGCCGACGGCCGCCCUGUCCAAAGUGCUCAUCGUAGCGUUCUGGGCUCAAGCGAUGUCACUCGAAGACGGAGCGCCGCAUAGAGUUCGAAGGUCCUUCGUGAUCGACUACGAGAACAACCGCUACCUGAAGGAUGGCGAGCCGAUACAGAUCGUGUCCGGAUCCAUUCACUCCUUCCGCUCACUUCCUGAACAGUGGGACGACCGCUUGUCAACAAUGAGGGCUGCUGGACUCAACGCAAUACAAACCUAUGUGGAGUGGAGCAGCCACGAACCCGAAGAAGGUCGGUUCAACUUUCAAGGACAACAGGACAUCGUCCGCUUCCUGAGGCUGGCACAGAAGCAUGACCUGCUUGUCCUGCUUAGACCUGGACCUUACAUAGAUUCAGAGAGGGAUAUGGGCGGCCUACCUUACUGGUUGCUGUCGGCGAACCGCUCAAUUGGUCUACGAACCAGUGACCCGCGUUACAUCGCUUAUGUACAUCGAUACUUUUCUAAGCUUCUACCGCUCAUUCAACCUCUGCUGUAUGCCAACGGAGGACCUGUCAUUGCUGUUCAGGUGGAAAACGAAUACGGCAGUUACGCAGCGUGUGAUUACGUGUACACUGCGUAUCUUCGCGACGUAAUGCGCCGCUACUUGGGCGACGACGUCAUCCUCUACACGACAGAUGGCGACACUGAUGGCUACCUGAAAUGCGGAAAGCUUGAUGGUGCCUACACGACGGUGGACUUCGGCACAGGAAACGACGUCGGCGAAGCAUUCGCUGUGCAGCGGCGACACCAGGAACGGGGGCCCCUGGUCAACUCGGAGUACUACACGGGCUGGAUGGACCACUGGGCUGAACCACACUCGGUCGUGAGCACGACCGCUGUCGUUAGCCAUUUAGACAAGAUGCUCAGCAUGAACGCCUCUGUCAACAUGUACGUCUUCCAUGGAGGCACGUCGUUUGGAUAUAAAUCAGGAUCCAAUGUGGACGACCAUUUCCAUCCAAUUCCUACCAGCUACGACUUUGACGCGCCGAUCACAGAAGCCGGCGAUCCAACGGACAAAUUCUACGCCAUACGGAAAACCAUCGCGAAGUACCUUCCACUGCCACCGGGACCCGUUCCGAAGCCUAAACGGAAAAUGACUCUCGGACCAUUAAAGCUUAAUAGGCUGUUUGGCCUGAGCGAGCUCCGAGAGAUGCUUUCAGGGGGCACGAAAACGUCACAACGUCCCUUGACGUUCGAGGAAAUUAGGCAGAGCCAAGCGCUGGUGCUGUAUGACACAAUUGUGGCGUUCCUGCCGCGCGACCCUGGACGGCUCAGUGUGCCUGGACUUCGGGACCGCGGAUACGUCUACGUAAACGACCUCUAUCAAGGCGUUAUUUCCCGCAUGGAAAACGUGUUCGACAUCAUGGUGUCCAUAAGCAAAGGCCAAAGAUUGUCUUUGCUGGUCGAAAGCCAAGGAAGAAAUGCCUACGGAGACCUCAACGAUCCGAAAGGAGUCAUUUCGGAUGUCACUCUUUCUGGAAUCGUGCUCACUCACUGGAAUGUCACUGCCAUCGACGAACGGAAGGUACUGUCUGGAAAUUAUGCCAGUAUACCCCAGAAGACAUGCUGCGCCCCUGGCUUAGCAGUAUACGAGGCAAAAUUCACGCUGUCCUCGCCGCUGGACACAUUCCUAAGGUUGGACCGCUGGAAGAAGGGUGCAGCUUUCUUGAACGGGUUCAAUCUUGGUCGAUACUGGACGCCCAUGGGACCUCAGAAGACCCUGUACGUGCCCUCCGUGCUCUUCAAGACAGAGAACGUUCUAAACGUUAUCGAGCUUGAAAAAGCGCCAUGCUUGGACUAUACUGCCGAAUUCGUCGACACGCCCGAACUCAACGCAACUGUGCCACUCUCCGCGAGUUCUGCAUUGCGAAGGCGCGGCAAAUAAAAGCUUC